CCAAUUACAGUAGCUGUCCUCCACUCUUAAUGCCUCUUACGUCAGCGAGAGCAUGCAAUCAAAGCGCCCUUCACAAGCUCCUCAUCUUCCAGUUCCGGGCCUCUAAUCGCCUUCACGAGCUUUCAUUACUGCUCCAACUUCAGUCUGCUCGUGAGUGUUAUUUUUUGUUGCUGUGUCUUCUGUAGUAAAGAAGUCUCCUUCUCCGAUUGCUCUCGUUCCGAUUGAUUUCACGCCUCAAAGCUGUGUAAGCUGUGGUUAUCAUCUCACUGGUGGUUAACACAAUCUCAAAUGUCGUGAGCCGAUGAUGGGACUCUGAUGAGCUAAUGAAGAAACUUCCUAGUUCAACUGGCCUCCCUAGGUUUUGCAAAUCAUAGCUUGGAAGCUGGAUUCACUGGUGUUGGGAUGGGGAAAUUUGUUUGCAAAAAAAAAAUGAAUUUUUAUACGGAAUUGUGUUUUCUUGAUAUCUAAUUAAGGAAUCAAAAUUGGGAAGAAGAGAAUGGAAGAAGAGGGACAUUGGGAAGCAGGAACAAUAGGGAAGAUAAAUCUGAGCAAAAAUCACAACUUAGCAUCAUCAGAGCAACUCCCAAAUCUCACUGGUCAUCUCCAUCACCUCCCUUGCUGCAUCAAAUAUGACGGCCCUUGUGCCGUUUCCCAAUAUUUCAAACCCAAGCCCACAGGGAUCGAAGUGGAAGGACUGGUAGUGGAAGAAGCCUAUUUCAGAGGCAGAAAUUUGCUAGGUGCUACACUUCCUCUUCCACCUGGCUAUUCUGGUUUUGUCCUAGGGAAGAAGAAUGAUAAAAAAAGAAAAGGGUCUGAUUUGUUAGAACAGGAUUCUAAUUGUUGGGAGUUGAAUGCAAAAUUUGAAAAUUUAAUGUAUUGGAAUCAUGACAGCUUACCUUCACAAGAUGAUACUUUUUUGCGUUCCUUUCAUUGGUUGUCUGUUGCACAUGCACUGCACAAGCCAGUAACAGCUGAAGAUUUGGCUUCUGCAUCUGUCACUUUGGAGAAAAAGGGAUGAAUUGCUUAAGAAAUUUGGGGACUUUCUUGCUGGAUAUGUUGCUACUUCAGUGUUCUAAUCUCAAAGUAGCUUUACUAUAUUUAGUUUUUAUAGCAGAAUUCUCUCUGCAGUUAUGCAAACACGGGGACAUGUGGAUGCAUCUGAGAGAUUCAGAUUUAUGUUUCUCUAUCACAUUCUAUUCAAACUAGACUGCCUGCAAGGUUAGCCUUGGACAUGAAAAUGGACUAUUGGUCCACUUAAUUGUAGCUUACUGUUGGCGAUUGUGCAUGAUGAUGUCCUGUAGAUAUCAUUGACAAACUAGCAUUUGUCCUUUGGACAGUAAUGACUAAUGUCCAUCUUUUUGUACUUUUUCUAUCAAAUUUCCUCUUUAAGCUAGGAAAGUAGAGUAAAAUAGAUUUUCCAAAAUGUUAAACUCGUUGUGAAGUUUAUUAAUUCAACUUCAUUUUAUGCUA